GCUUCAGCAUCAACAGAAUCACAAGUCAAUUCAAUCGAUCAAAUAAUUAAAAUACAACUUAGAAAAUCCACUGUUUUAAAAUAAAGAAAAACAUAAUUUAAAGUCAAUUACAAUAAAAAUAGAAUUACAUUUUAAUUUAAUGUACUUUGAAAAGUCCAUAACAAAAAUUUAAAACGUAAUUAUGAAUAAACUGCUGGUCCAUUUCUUGGUGGUGACAGUUCUCGUAUAUAAAGUUAUUUCCGUACCAACACAAGCGCAAACAGAGGUUCCUCAAGAUGACGAAGAUGAAGAUUGGGAUGAAGACGAUGACUCGUCUGAGGUAGACGACGAUGGACGAGUUUAUAAGAAUCCUAGAAACUCGCCAUCAACUGAAUGUCCACGUGAUGAAGAGCAGGCAACACUACUUGGACAAAAAUGUUUGAGAAAAUGUUCCUCGGAUGAGGAUUGUAAAAGUAAAAAGAAGAAGUGCCUAUGUGAUGGUGUAUGUGGAAUGUCUUGUAUUAAGCCAGAUAGAGAAUGUCCCGAAUUGGCACAACCAUCACUGGGUCAGGUAUCUGUUGCAGGCAGACAUUUUAGCGCUCGUGCUACAUACUCAUGCCCUCAUGGUUAUCAUGUUGUUGGCCUGCAGAGUCGUCUCUGUCAAGCAGAUGGCAAUUGGGCUGGAGCCGAACCGGCAUGCAAGCAAAAUAUUUACUGUCUAAAGCCGCCACAAAUAGAGCAUGCACGCCAUUCUGCCCUACCCGAGCAGGAGACUUUCGAUCUCGACUCAACAGUUCAAUAUCAUUGCCACACUGGUUACGUAACAAAUGGAUUUCCUCGCGCCAAAUGUCUUGCUAUUGAUGGUCAGGCCAGCUGGUACGGACCGGAUAUACAGUGCGAACCAAGAUCUUGUGGACAACCACCGGAUCCAGCUUAUGGCUGGCACGCUGGCGAGUGUUAUACAUUUGGCUGUAAAAUUAGUUACAAUUGUGGCAAUAACUAUGAGUUGGUGGGUAAACAUGAGCGCUACUGCCAAUCAGAUGGAUCCUGGGUGCCAAAGGAACUACCCACCUGUGUUUUGGUCACUUCCGUUAUCUGUCCGACACCAGAAAAUCCACGGAAUGGCAAAGCUACAUACACCACUUUGGCUUAUAACUCAGUGGUAAGUUAUGAAUGCCGAUAUGGUUACACUUUGAUGGGCGAGACUAGUAGUAGAUGUGGUGCUGAUCGGAAGUGGAGCGGAACGCUGCCGACUUGUAAAGAAAUUAACUGCGGACAUCCAGGUGUUCUCUAUAAUGGCUGGAUUGAAAAUAUUGAAGCUGGUACAGGCCUUGGCGCCAGCAUAAUUUUCCGUUGUCAGCCUGAAAUGUUAAUACAAGGCCAUUCAUCAAGCGUUUGUCAAAUUGACGGACGUUGGCGUAAUCCCUUGCCCGAAUGCUUGGCACCCUGUGUUGUGCCAGCAAUAUCUCAAGGUUAUGUUAUACCUGUUGAAAUCAUCACAGACGAAAAUGGCACCACCAUUAUAACACCAACAACCACGCAAAGUCCCUCAACAUCGUCCAGUGGUGUAGAGAAAGUUAAGCAUGGCACUGCUUUGGAGGUGAAAUGCGACGAAAACUAUGAAUUUCCGGUAUCGUUGCUAAGUCCGCCGACAUGCAAUAACGGCACUUGGAGUAUUAUACCACGAUGUGUACCUGCGCGUUGUAAAAGUAUGCCAAAGCCACCGAAGCAUGGCAUGGUGCUCGCGCCGAAGACGGAACAUGGCAUGAAGGCGAGAUUUAAGUGUAAGGAUGGCUGGAAAUUGAUAAGCCCAGAGGGUAAAGAUAUAACUGAUCCGAACGAGUAUGUGCUAACGUGUUCAUUCGGUAAUUGGACGGGCGAAACGCCGCAGUGUCAGGAAGUAUUUUGUUCGUUUCCUGGUUACAUACCAAAUGGAAAGGUAUUGCUCGUUGGAAAUAUGGGACUCUACGAUUAUAGACCGUAUGUGAAAAAGAUCGUUAAUAAUAAGCAAAUAAUGUACGACUGUGACAAGGGAUAUGUUCUAGAGAUCGGUCCACCAGGUGCUACGUGUGUCGGUGGUAAAUGGCGGCCAUUGGAGUUACCGCAAUGCCUACUGGGACAACACCCUAGAUUACGAUGGAAUCGUAAACGUCGUUCUAUACAAAUGCGAUAUCUGCGUUCUCAAUAUUUAUUACGUAACAAACGAGAUUUGCGAAGAAAAUUGGAUGAGUUGCUUAAUGAGAGCGCUUCACAACCUUUGAUAGCAAUUAAUUGGGACAUUGACACUAACGUCGUCCCAAAAACUAGAGUUAAACGAAAUCCUUCCGAAAUUGAUCAGGCAUACUCCAAGUAUUAUCAAAAGAUCAAACAAAAAUAUCAAAAUUAUGUAAAGAAUUUAUUAGGCUAUAGUAGAUUACACAAUCCGGUGGACUUCCGAAAUCCCACCAAAAAGAUACAAGUGCAAGAUGGCCGCUGGUAUAACACCUAUAGCAGUCCCGACCUGCUAACACGUUACAAGGCUACGCACAAGUCGCGAACAUCGAAUAACGAUUUUUAUGGCUUGGAAAAUGACGAUCACGAUUCGCGGGUCCAUCGUAUAUCCGGAAAAAUUCCACUACCUGAUAUUAACCAAAAUUCCCGUUAUAAUGCACAUAAACUAAAUCACAAUGACAAUAUCCUUUACGAUAGCAAUUCGGCAAACUAUUUCUUCAACGUCUUGCAAAAUUCGCCAAAGACUCAAAACGAAAGUGAUUUGAUAGAAAAACUCAAAUCACAAAUUGUGCGUAGACGCCGCAAACGUAGCAGCAACAAUCCGUCUACACCACCAUCACUCGCACCUGAUGAGGAUAUACACGAACCCGUGGAAUCUAAAGAAGGCAGAAAACGUUUACGCGGUCCCUGCGAAGAUCUAAAUUGGGAACAAUUCGUCAAUGUGACCGUUGUGAGACCCGGUAAAGCAGAUGGUCGCAAUAGCGUUGGUAUAAUGCUCCACUUAGAAUGCCCCGCUGGUUUUAAGCUGAAUAUAAAAGGCGAAAAUGCGACUGCGCGUUGCAUACGCGGCAUUUGGAAGCCUGAUACGCCCAAGUGCCUUUCAGGUAAUGUCCAGGAAACGCCUUGCUUGGUGCCGGCAGUGGAGAAUGGCCGGUAUUAUAGAGUGGAGGGGCGAACUAAAGUUUUGAUCGAUAAAAACACAUUAACACCACUAACCACAUAUGAAGAAAUAGAUUCAAAUGAGUAUAUAACACUCGAGUGCGAUGAUGGCUUUAAUAUCCAGGUAAGAAAGGGUUCGGCCCAGCUGCGUUGCGCGCAUGGCAGUUGGUCGGUGAAUGCUUUUUCGGAAUGUGUAUCCAUACCUUGUACACUACCGGCUUUACCAGGAGUAAUAUACGAGGGUGGCUAUCGUACUGGCCUGACAAUCGGACAUGGGAGCACGGUGACAGCUCAUUGUGAUCAUUCAACAAAUGCCUUGCCAAUUGAAAUGAGUUGCAAUAAGGGUAUACUUAGUCCACAAAAUAUACAUUGUGAAACAGGUCAGCGCAAAUCACGUGAAGAAGUGCCGUCCGAGCCACAGUCAAAUGGAAAAUCAAAUAAUGUAAUUGUACCGAAAAUAGACAAUUCGGAAUCUGAGGACGUAGCCAACGCAACAGAGGAAAACGUUACUGAAGAGUCGAAAAUGUGUGGUCCGCCGAGCAUUUCUGAUGGCGCAUUAGUUUACAAAAAUACUGAUCUUUCCGACGUUGAAGGUGUAUACGAAAGUGGCACGGAAAUAUUCUUCAACUGCAUACCAAGUGCUGCGGGUGAAAGGAAUACAUGGAAAAUUAUAUGCGAAAAUGGGCAAUGGAUUGGGCGUUCCUACAAUUGCGCGAAUGGCACAUGUUUGUUUAAGAAUAAUGAACCGAAUGUUGUGAGCUUUUACAAUGAUCUUGAAAUCCGCGAGGAUGUUGUUGAAUUCCCUCCUGGUGCUACUAUAAUAUCAAGAUGUGUGGAUAUUGGAAAGUUCUCAAUGGUCGGCAGUAGUGAAAGAACCUGCAUUCAUUCUGAAUGGACGGGCAAUAAGCCAGCAUGUCAUGGAUUGAAUCAGGAAAACGACUAUGCUAUGGAAAAGGCGCCAACUAUACUCUUCAGGCAUCAAAAUGGGCCGAUAGCGCAGAGUAAUGACGGCAAGCUUAUUGUCUAUCCGGGUACAACUCUGCACAUGGAAUGUCUUUGGAUGAGACGGUUUGGAAAUCCAAAAUGGAAUGUUAGCCAUGAAUUCAGAAAUUACUCCGAAGGCUGGGUCACCGAAGCGGAUGAAGGUCGUGAUGCUACUCUAGAAUAUCGAUUAACUAUAUUUAAUGCAAUUGAUGAAGAUACUGGAGUUUAUUCCUGUCAAACGCCGGCUCGACAUGAACACUCAGUGGAAGUGGUUGUAAAAGCAAUUAAUUGCCCAGAGAUUCCACAGCGUCGUGGUCUAAUUGUAAAUACAAAUGACACCAAAUUAAGUACACGCGUUCUACUCUCCUGCGCAAAUGGAAAUUCAUUGAUUGGCGCAUCAGAGCUAUUUUGUUUGCCCAGCGGCAAUUGGAGUGCCCCGUUGCCAGUGUGUGAAAGUGUCGAAUGCGGUGAUAUUCCAUUGCCGAACAAUAUAAGUUCACCACGAGUUGCGGUGUUAUCGCGUGAGGUGGGCGGAAGAGCGGCAUUUUCAUGCGCUUCGGGCUAUGGUUUGCGCGGCCCUGCUGAAGCCAUCUGCUUGCCGACUGGCGAAUGGGCAACACCUUUUCCCACUUGCGUGGAGGUGCAGUGUGAUAAUCCCGGCGCACCACUUAAUGGCUAUGCGCAAGGAUCGGCUCCAUAUCGUGCUGGAGAUGUCGUGCAAUUCAAUUGUAAUCCUGAGUAUAUGAUGCAAGGACAGCCGAUCAUAGCUUGUCAAGAUAAUGGACGUUGGUCGGGUGGAUUGCCAAAAUGUGUGCAGGCCUGUUCUUAUCCUGGUACCGUUAUCAGCGGUCGCAUGUCAUCGGUCAAGUUUUAUUAUGCAAUUGGGGAAAGUGUUACAUUCACUUGUGAUGCCGGGCUGGAGUUACGUGGCGCUAAGGUGCUAAAAUGUUUGAAAAACGGCAAGUGGUCGAACGCUAUACCAACAUGUGCCACAGCCGAACAAGUGAACAAACAUCUAAAUUUCAUGGGUUAAGUAAAAAGUGUAACGCCAACACUACGAAAUAUAUUCUCGCAGAUCAACAAUUUUUGAUUCCUUCCGGACGAAAAUUAUAAAACAAAACAGAACAAAAAACGUAUCGAUUGGAUUGUAAACGCAUAGCGGUUUUAAUAAAAGUAAUA